AUGCCAAUGCAAAAGGCUCUACAAGAUCGAGAAAAUAUAAACAACCUACUAGCCGAAAAAAAUCUAAAAGAUCUGCCGUCUUCAUGUAGCCCUCUAAAGAAGCUGCUAGAUCGACUAUUUCAGAUAUCUCAGAUAUCUGAAAUAUCUCUAAAAAAUCCAAAAGAGUUAGAAAAACUAAACGAUCUGAUGUCUCAAAAAAAGAAGCUAGCUCAAGAAGCUCGGGACGAAUUAAGAGGACUACAAAGUAAGCUAUCUCAAAAAGCUCAACAACAGUUUGAAGAAGCUAGAAAAGCUUUAAAAGAUCAAAAAAGCGAUCUUCUAGAUCCACAAGACGCUCUACUAGCUCAAAAAAAUCUACAGACUCGAGAACAUAUAUUAGAUCUACAAUAUCUACUAGUUCAACACGCUCAAAAUGAUCUAGAAGAUCUAAAAGAUGAAAAUCGUAUGUUAAUUCAAAAUUCUCGACGCUCUCAAAAAGAUCUGAACGCCCUAAAAAUGCUAAUAGAAAAAGAAGAUCUAAAAAACCACCUAUCUUCAUGCAAUGCUCUAAAAGAUCUUCUAGAUGAACUACAUAAGCUAAAUCCAAUAUAUAAACUAAAGCAGCCAUAUGAAAUACUUAAAAAGCCAGAAAUUCUAGAAACACUAAAAUCUGUAGUAGCUGUAAAAAAUGAGUUAGCUAAAAAAGCUCGAAAUGAAUUAAUGGAACUACAAGAUCGACUAUCUCAAGAAGCCCAAAAAAAAGAUGAGGAAGGUGGUUCUCUAUCAACUGUAGAAGGUUCAUCACCUCCGCAAAGUGAUUCUCAAGAACCUAAAUCAGAUAUACAACAUUCAUCAGUUAAAAUGGAUCUAGAAAAUCAAAAAGGUUCAUUCAGCAAUCUAAACAGUCUGAUAGAUUACCUAUUUCAAAUAUCUCAAACAGAAUUACCACCACGAAAAAAUGAAAUAUUUCAAGAAGCUCAAGAAGAUAUUCAAAAUUGCGUGUUAAAAGAUAAAAAAAAGAGCUAA